GUUCCGGACCAGGUCCACCAUCCAAAACGGAAGGCUCCCACCGCCGCCUGCACCCAGCCCAUACGCCGCUUCCACCGACGACGAGACCAAUGGCCGCCGCCGUCGCCUCGCUGCAAGCCACGGCGGCCGCCGUAUCCAAGCCCAGAUCUGUCCCACCAGCGGCGAGGGUCGUCGUACGAGUGGCCGCGGCGGCGGCGAGCAGGAGGAGGUCGGGCUCGUCGCGAGGCGGGCCGCUGGUGGCCCGCGCCGCCGCCGCCGCACCGUCGUCUUCUUCUUCCGCCACGGCGGAUGGGGCGGCGGGUUCCAGCUCCGGCGGUCAUGAGGUGUUGAUGUUUGAGGCUCUUCGUGAAGCCAUGAUAGAGGAGAUGACUUUGGAUCCCACAGUGUGCAUGAUUGGUGAAGAUGUUGGUGACUAUGGAGGUUCCUAUAAGGUGUCCAAAGGCUUGGCUGAGAUGUUUGGAGACCUCCGUGUUCUUGAUACUCCUAUUGCUGAGAAUUCUUUCACCGGUAUGGGAGUUGGAGCAGCAAUGAAGGGACUCAGGCCAGUGGUUGAAGGCAUGAACAUGGGUUUCCUUCUCCUUGCCUACAAUCAGAUCUCAAACAACUGUGGCAUGCUUCACUAUACCUCUGGUGGUCAGUUCAAGAUCCCAAUUGUGAUACGAGGCCCUGGUGGUGUUGGCCGUCAGCUUGGUGCGGAGCACUCACAACGUCUCGAGUCAUACUUCCAGUCAAUUCCAGGCCUUCAAAUGGUUGCUUGCUCUACUCCUUACAAUGCUAAGGGCCUUCUAAAGGCUGCCAUAAGAAGCGAGAACCCUGUAGUGGUGUUCGAGCAUGUGCUUCUAUACAACCUGAAGGAGAAAAUCCCUGAUGAGGAAUACAUCUGCUGCUUAGAGGAGGCUGAGAUGGUGCGUCCAGGUUCGCAGGUGACCAUCCUGACAUACUCUCGCAUGAGGUAUCAUGUGAUGCAGGCCGCCAAGACAUUGGUGAACAAGGGGUAUGAUCCAGAGGUCAUCGACAUCCGGUCGUUGAAGCCAUUCGAUCUGCACACCAUAGGAAAGUCCAUCAAGAAGACCCACCGGGUGCUGGUUGUGGAGGAGUGCAUGCGGACAGGCGGUAUCGGCGCCAGCCUGAGGUCUGCCAUCAUUGACAACUUCUGGGAUGACCUAGAUGCUCCUCCCACAUGCUUGUCAUCGCAGGAUGUGCCGACCCCCUAUGCUGCGACUCUGGAGGACGCGACUGUCGUGCAGCCUGCCCAGAUUGUGGCUGCUGUUGAGCAGAUCUGUCAAUAAUAGGAAUGCGAAACAAGCUCUUGGGUUACAUGCAUGUUCAGUGGUUCAUAAACACUGCUUCCUCUUCGUUUUGUCACGUGGUGACCUUCAUUGUAUUCUAUUUGCGACAACACUGAACUAUAGUAGUAUAUAUUCUUUGUCGGCCCAUUUGUUCAUUCUAUAAACUGAUGCUCCACAGUUCUUGCACUACAUCAUCUCAGAGGUUUGAUGAUCUGUGUUGGCUGGUGGAGGACUUCUCUUGCU